AUUUAAAGACACUGCAGGUUGCAGCGACCUCUGAGAAAAAGUGACUUGGUCUGGAAAACUAUCUUUUUCUGCUCGAGCUGCUCUUCUAUGUUGGGCAGUUUAACGGACUGAAGUAGAGGACCGGAGAAGCUGCCUACUCGCGGAGUAAGGUAGGCCAGUAGGGAGGAAGUGAAAAUGGAGAGCAGCGAAGAAGAAGAUGAUUUCCCUUCCAUAGAAACCAUCACUCCUCAGUCCAAGAUCGACUCCCUCUAUCAAUCCCGCACUGAAAAGGGUAUCCGAAAGCUUUGUUGCGAGCUCUUGGAUUUGAAGGAUGCAGUUGAAAAUCUGUGUGGCAAUAUGCAGACAAAGUACUUGGCUUUCUUGAGAAUGUCAGACGAAGUAGUGGAGAUGGAGCAUGAAUUGGUUGAACUGCGUAAGCAUAUUUCUGGCCAGGGGAUUCUUGUGCAAGAUUUGAUGACAGGUGUUUGCCGCGAAAUAGAAGACUGGAAUGUUAUUGAUGGCAACAAUGCCGACUCUCAGCAAGAUGAUGAACUUGAAGACAUGUUACGAACUGAAGCAGACAAUCCUCAGACGCUUUUCCUGGAGAAUGUUGAUAUUCUUUUGGCUGAACAUAAGGUGGAAGAAGCAUUGGAGGCUUUAAUGGCCGAGGAGAAAAGUUCUCCAGAACUGAAGGGCUUGACAGAUACUUCGCCAACUGAAGAAUCAACUUACAAAUCGGCAUUUCUGAAGAGGAAGUCAACUCUUGUGGAACAGCUAACUGAGAUUGUUCAACAUCCAUCUGCUAGCACUGUGGAAAUGAAGAAAGCGUUAGCUGCUUUAAUCAAACUUGGGAAAGGUCCUUUCGCUCAUCAAAUCCUUCUUGAAUUAUAUCGAUCACGCCUCCACAAGAACAUUGAGGUGUUCUUACCUUCAUGCUCAGUGUGCCCCAAGACCUUCCCCGGGACACUUUGUAAACUUGUCUUCUCUUCUAUCUCAACGGCUACAAAAGAAUCUAUCCUCAUAUUUGGUGAUGAUCCUUUAUAUACUAACAGAGUUGUACAAUGGGCUGAGUGGGAAAUUGAAUCGUUUGUGCGGCUGGUGAAGGAUAAUGCACCUUCCCCAGAUACAAUUUUAGCUUUAGGUGCUGCUAGUAACUAUAUUCAGGCUAGUCUUGCAUUUUGUUCAAUGUUGGAGCCACAGGGUCUUAAACUAUCAAAGCUUCUUCUAGUUCUCUUGCGUCCAUACAUUGAAGAAGUCUUAGAGUUGAACUUUAGACGUGCAAGAAGGCUAAUUCUUGAUGUGACAGAACCUGAUGAGAGCUCUGAACUAUCGCCUCACCUUGUGUCACCAUUAUCAGCUUUUGUAGCAUCCUCAGAUAUUGUGCUUGUUGACAGUGGAAUAAGAUUUAUGGACAUAAUUGUGGACAUACUUGUUCAGUUGACUCCUCCAGUUGUCAUGCAUUUUGGAGGAAGUGUGUUAAUGAGAAUAUCACAGCUAUUUGGCAAAUACAUGGAUGUGCUCAUUAAAUCUCUGCCAGGACCCUCCGAUGAUGACAAUCUUACAGAACUGAAGGAAGUCAUACAAUUCAGAGCAGAGACAGAUGCAGAACAACUUGCAUUGUUGGGAAUGGCAUUCACUAUUCUUGAUGAGCUGUUACCUCAUUCUGUGAAAACUGUGUGGAGUCUGAAUAAAGAAGGGAAGGAAUGUAAAGAUGACAAUGCUGCUGGACCUUCUGCUUCUGCCAUUACCGGGGAGUUGAAGGACUGGAAGCGACAACUGCAGCACUCAUUUGACAAGCUUAAGGAUCAUUUCUGUCGCCAAUAUGUUCUGAGUUUUAUCUAUUCAAGAGAAGGGAAGACACGACUUAAUGCACAAAUCUACCUCGAUGGCGACAGAGAUGAUUUAAUUUGGAGCUCAGAUCCUCUGCCUUCAUUGCCAUUUCAGGCACUGUUUGCAAAGCUGCAGCAGUUUGCAACUGUGGCAGGAGAUGUAUUACUUGGGAAAGAGAAAAUACAGAAACUCUUGCUUGCUCGGCUCACUGAAACAGUAGUAAUGUGGCUUUCUGAUGAACAGGAAUUUUGGGGUACAUUCGAAGAUGUGGCUGUUCCAAUCAAAGCAUUAGGGUUGCAGCAGCUACUUCUUGAUAUGCAUUUCACAGUGGAACUUGCACGCUUCGCUGGUUACCCAUCUAGGCAAGUGCACCAAAUCGCCUCAGCCAUAAUUGCUCGAGCAAUCAGGACCUUCUCAGCUAGAGGAAUCGACCCACAAAGUGCCCUGCCAGAGGAUGAAUGGUUUGUUGAGACUGCAAAGUCGGCCAUCAACAAGCUCCUCGCUGGGUCGGAGUCUGAGGUUGACGAGGAUGCUGAUGAUGGACACAUCAUUUCUCACGGGGAUAGCAUCUCAGACUCUGAGGAUACUGCUUCUUCCCUUUCAUCCGUAGAAUCCACAGAAUCAUUUGUAUCGGCCAGUAUGGGUGAAAUUGAGAGUGCUGGGGAUCUGACUGAUCCUGAAGCUUGAAGAUAUAUCAAACCAGCCAAGGUUUGCUUUGUUUUGUGCCUCCCCGUGCAACUUGAGUCCUGAAAUGUGCCAUGUUCAGAUGGCAGCUUCUGUUGUUAUUGUUAAUCAGUGUACCAAUUUCCUUGUAUGGAGAGUAGAAUAGUACUUUUGACAAUAAUUAAUAGUGUAUACUUGUGAUUCGAAUUAUCAUGCUAAGUGCUAACUAUGGAUAAUUUCGCCUAGAUGACAUUUCGGCCAAUUAAAAGGUUACUAACCAUGGUUUUGUUUGUCUGGAGAAUAAUUCUAAUUCUCUCUCUCUCCCUCUCUGUUUUUUGUUUAAUGGAAAUGUCUGUCAAUUUUCUAGAUUAACGCCAUUGAUGAACUCGCAAGCUAAUACGUCGUUGAAAAUGGAGCAGGAACAUAAAAAUGGUUUCCCCAUUCCCUGUUUUAUUUUUCAAGUGGCCACAAGAACAGCGUAAGCAAAUACAACACACAAAACCAAACGGGGAUUUCACUCCCUACUCUGUAACUUGUUCCACUCUGGCACCAUGGAUUAGCAGGCCACCCUUCCAUCUUCCAGUCCAGACUUCAUACAACCCAAAGUACAGCUUCAUAUCAGUAGCAUCAGUUGGAACAGUGACCUCCAGCUUCUCUGUCUCGAACUCUUUAUCAUUCUCGGGUUGAUCUGACAGCUUUAUCUUUUUAGCUGUGUACUUCCCCGCCUGCCCUAUCUUACCCAUCAAGUAAACGGAGCAGCCAUUCCAACCAAAAGCCCCUUGCUUCAUCUGCAGUCUGAAGGAAAUUGCAUACUUCUUCCCAGCCUGUAUGCUGUCUUUCAAUGAGGUGAUGGUGCUUACUUCAAGCCAACUCACCUGCAACAGCUCAGCUGGCCUACCAUCCGUGGGAACAUUCCAGUAGCGACCAUCCUUUCCCCAUACAAUGCUGAAUGCUCUAGGUUUAAACCACGAUGAUCUUGCAGCCUCUGUGAAAUCCACUUCAUUUGGAUCUCCCUCGUGAUGUGGUUUUGCGUUCAUGUUGAAAGGAGAGAAAUUGUUGUCCAACUAAAGCUGGAAGAACUAGAGGUGAUAUUAGAUGUUUUACAUAACCAGCCUUCCCCAGCCUCUGUGUAUAUAUAUAACUAUAAAAAUAUUCUAGGGAAUGGUCUCCACUCGAUAUAAAUAGUGGCUUACAACCAAGCACCAUGCACAAGGAGCUGAAAGGGAAUGAUUCAAAAGCCAUGCUCAAAAUUAUGGAAUUUCAAUAAUAAGUUGAAUGUGAAAAGGCGUAGUUAUUCUUGACUUGAGAUAGGGGAAGGCAGUUCAAGAAUAUACUUAUCUUUCAGUGCUGCAUUUCAACAUCAAGGAAAGAAUUGAUCCGUCUUCCCCACACGGUUCCUCAAACCUCCUCCAUACAAUGGACUCAAAUUUUACGAUCUCUGUAAGGAAAAAACUAUGUGCCUUCAAAUCAAACUGGCCACCAGAUUCUGCAAAUUGAAUUCAGUGGACGGCUAAGAGUAGUCUGUCAUAAGCGAACCCAACUAUCCCCACAUCAAGUCUCUAGAAGCUUUCAACAGCAUCAACAUUAAGUUCCUUUCAAGAACUCAAACUGCAAAACAGGCAUAAAAGUGACAGCUAACUUCAUCUCAUUUACAGUUGUAACUUCCACAGCCUCUUGGCUUAUUUCCCUACCUUGCCUACACCUUGAUAUAACCACUCUGCCGCGGACUGAUUUCUGCAUUGGCGACAGCCUUAACAUCGCUCAACUUUCCGCACAUCAAAUGAAAAUGUUCUACAACUUCAAUUGGUUGGCUAGAAAAGGAUCCUGCCUGUCAAGAGAAUAUUACCAAUUACUUCACUUGGGAUUGGAAUUCCACUCACGCGGAUGCAUAAUCAUAUUCUUCACCACUUCUUUGAUUCUUCUAACAAAGACAGCUCAAGAAUGGAAAAAAGGACUCUGCAUUUCUGGGGGCUUUCUUCUAUCCAUCUAAUAACAAUUUUUCCAACUGGCAACGAGAAGUCAAGUUCAUAUCAAAACAUUCAUUGAAAAGAUGAUUGCAUCACAAAUCCACCAUUCCUAAAAUAUUAGUGUAGUUCAUCACACACUAACUACCAAGCAAUACAGAUAGAAGUAGAGAACAAAGGUGCCCCCAAAAUUUUU